AUGGCAGGCAAAAACAUGUCGUCGCGACUGCUGAACAUGAAGGUCCGCCUCUCAGCGCCCUGGUAUACAUCUAAAAGACUAACACAGACACCANNGUUCAUGCAACGCGCAUCUGCCUCGACACCCACUACCCCCACCACUCCCGACGGCACACGCCCCUCCAAACGCCAAAGGACCGAAGCAGCAGUCACUCCCGACGCCCUCGCCUUCCAGGAAGCCGCCGCCGCCGCCGAAGCAAAGAAGAACGCCUUUAUCGAACGCGCCGCCGCCGAAGCCGGAGAAACAAAAUGGGUGCUCAGUGUCAGUGACGACAAGCCCAAGACUGCUGGAUCGGGAUUGCGCAUCGUGGAGGCCGGAUAUGGUGCCAUUGACUCGGGUGCACCGAUUCCUGAGAGCGACGAUGAAGAGGAGGAAGAGCAGAGUGCUGGUAUGGCGGGACGAAGGAGUUUUGGAAAGUUCAACAAGGCCGUUGAGUCUGAACACGACUCGGACGCUUCCUCGGACUCGGACUCUGAGGACGAUGAAGAUCUAGACCAAGCCGAACUACUCUUGAAAGCAGAACGCAAAGAAGCAGCCGCAAAACUGCGCGCCGAACGCAAAGCCCGACGGAAACGAGUCAUCGUCGAGCGCGUCAUCGUCGAGCGCGUCAUCGUCGAGCGAGCCAUCGUCCAGGGAUCUUCGUCCAGCGAGUCCUCAUUUAGCAAGUCUUCAUUCUCGAGCUCUUCAUUCCAACCAUACAGAUCCUCCUUCCAGUCUUCUACCACGUCUCCAGUCUCUGCUUUCAGCAGUUUUGUCAAAGCUUUUGAAAUCUUUGCCUUGUUGCAUCGUCGAACGUCUCGGUGUCUCGAGCCUAUCCAGUAG